GUGACUGUCCAUAUAAUAUGAAUACUUUCUUACAAUACUUUUUAAAAUUCAGGAUAAAAGAAGCCACUGAAAAGGUGAAAAAAGAGAUCACCUUAGACUACUGCAGGGUUAUGAACAAAUUUGUUCUCGACAAAGCUGUGAGUGAUGACCCUGCUACCUUUGCAUUUGUCACAGUUCCCAUUGAGUAUGAGAAACCAGCUCCAAUGUACUCAAAGUGUCCAGAUGUUCCAGCAUAUCCCUACCAAAGUCAGAGUGACAGUUUUUCGUACUCGUCAAUCUACACGAUGGCAGAAAGCAUUGAGGCAAUGGUCCUUGUGAGGACUGAAUGCAACAAUGUGGCCAACAUGAGUUUGUUAAACUUCAAAGUCACCAAACUUUUUAAAAUUCAAGACUUCGGAUACUUGCAAACUCAGGCAACAGUGGUGACAGGCAAUUAUCUGAAAGAGAACUGGUUGAAUAAAUUGAAGAGUGCCAUACGCAAGUCCUUCAUAUCUGUCAGGAAAGGCUGGUUCAACAUUUAUGAAGAUAACUGGGCCCUUUACCAGAUAUCAAAGCUCAAAAAGUUCAUUGAAACAGUCAAGUUCAUGAUGCAGGAUACCUUGCGUUUUCUUGUGGUGGACUCAUUGACCAACUUUGUGCAGAUGAUUGUCGACACAUGCUACACCACUAUGAAUGUCAGGCCUACUUUCAAAUGGCCAAAGAGCUUCAUUCAAAGCCCUUUCUUGCCCAGAAAAAAUCCAAUAUUCCAGCUUGACCUGCUCCUUGAUGACACAUCUCACUACAGUGCAGAUCCAGAGAUUUUCAGCGAAACACUUUUGACCUUGUUCAACAAUGCCAUCAAUGCCUCAUGGAAUAUUCCACAGCUAGAAAAGUCCAUCAUGCAAGACAUCUUCUGGUCGGAGACACCUCUAUUGGAAGCGAUUCACCAAAAUGAGACACAAAUGCGGGAACUGAGGGACACCUUGCAACAUGCCAUUGAAUCUUCCUUCAUCCCCCUGAAGGCCUAUGCACUCAAGUUUGAGAUAUUCCUGGACCUCGUCAACCUUGAAAUCAGGGAUUUCAUUGCUGAGUACGAAGCUGAGAACCACACGGCACAGCAGAUGGCAGAGACAGCACAGCAACAUUUGGACAAAGCAGAUUGGAUACUGGAAAUAUUGCCCUACAACAUCUUGAUCGGGCCUUUCAACAUCCUUGUAGAUGGGGUCAGGGAUCAGCUGAUAGCUAAACAUAGAGAUCUGGCCAUGUCAGUGUUAGCUCUUCUUGCAAGAAUUCUUCGAAGGAAGGCCGACGAAAUGUCUGGAGAUUUCAAAGGAAUGGUCAACAGAAUUACUGACAUACCCAACUGCAUUGAAGAACUGUUUGCCCUCAGAGACUGGAUUAAUGAAGUUCCGCAGAAAUUGGAUGUAGCGAGGGAAGAAAUGGCCAUUGUUCUGCAAAACUAUGAAGUCCUUGAUGCAUUCAAUUACAAUCUGGCUGAUGAGGAUUUUACUGCCAAGAUAACCAUGAUUGGAUGGCCACUGAAGAUUGAGGAGAUGUGUGAGAAAAAGCUAGAGGAUCUUGUAGAGGAUGAAGAUCGCUAUUUCAAACAGCUGGACUCUGAUUCCAUACAGUUGGCAGAGCGGUUAGAGAACAACCAGAUUCAAAUUGCUGCAAUGGCAGAACACAGUGAUAUGGAAAAGGCUCCUGAAUAUGCCAAUGAAAUGAGGAGAAUGUACAAGAACCUGAGAGAGUGUCAGGACCUGGCUCAACUCUACAACAGCCGAGAGAGACUGUUCAAGCUAAAGCCUACCAAUUACUCCAAAAUUGGAAAAAUCACAAAGGAAUUUGACCCCUUCCGAAAACUGUGGAUCACAACAUCAGACUGGUUGCGGUGGCAAGAAAGUUGGUUGACAGAUCCUCUUCAAGCCAUUAACGCUGAGGAGGUGGAGCGAUGUGUCAAUGAGUCAUUCAAGACUAUGCAGAAAUCAGUGAGAUUUUUCAGCACAAUUCCAGCUGUGCAGGAGGUGGCAAUGAAUAUCAAAUCAAAUAUUGAACAAUUCAAGCCGUAUGUUCCGCUUAUUCAAGCUUUGACCAACCCAGGACUGCGCCAAAGGCACUGGGAUCAGCUUUCAGAUGAAGUUGGUUUCAAGCUUCAGCCAUCACCGACGCUGACCUUUUCAAAGUGCCUGGAACUGAAGCUGAAUGAUCAUAUCGAACCCAUAUCUCGAGUGUCUGAAGUGGCAGCAAAGGAGUAUGCCAUUGAGAAGGCUCUCAAUAAAAUGGAGUCAGACUGGGAGAAUGUGGAGUUUGAAGUGCAUCCCUACAAGAACACAGGCACCUACAUGCUCAAGUCUUCAGAUGAGAUUUCCCAACAGUUAGAUGACCAUAUUGUCAUGACUCAGUCCAUGGCUUUCUCUCCGUUCAAAAAGCAAUUUGAGGAGCGCAUUGCUAACUGGGAGCGUACACUUCAAUUAACACAGGAUACACUUGAAGAGUGGAUAAAUGUACAGCGGGCCUGGUUGUACUUGGAACCUAUAUUUAGCUCUGAUGACAUCACCAAGCAGUUACCAACAGAGAGUAAACGGUACAACACCAUGGAGAGAAUCUGGAGAAAAGUCAUGAGAAUGGCAAAAGGAGAACCGCAUGUCAUCAAAAUCUGUCCAGAUGAAAAUAUGCUGACAGACUUGAAGAAGUGUGAUGAGCUGUUAGAUCAUGUGCAAAAAGGAUUAAGUGAAUAUCUGGAGACGAAGCGUGCAGCAUUCCCACGGUUCUUUUUCUUGUCUGAUGACGAGCUUCUGGAGAUUCUUUCUCAGACCAAAGAUCCCAUGGCUGUUCAACCGCACUUGCGCAAAUGCUUUGAAAAUAUUUCUCGUCUCCGAUUUGAAGAAGACUUACAGAUAACCAAAAUGUACUCGGGUGAAGGGGAGUGUGUGGACCUGUGUGAGAGCCUCUACCCUGUUGGAAAUGUUGAAGACUGGAUGUCUGAGAUUGAGCGGGUCAUGAGGGAGACGGUGAGACAAGUCAUUGCCAUGGCUCUGCCAGACUACCUGGAGAUCCAGCGAACGCAAUGGGUGUUGAAGUGGCCUGGUCAAGUGGUCAUCGCAGUGUGCCAGACCUACUGGAGUGCUGAGGUGGCCCAGGCUCUCGGGAAAAAAAAUCUGUCGGAACACUUCCAGGUGAUGCUGGAGCAGCUGGAGGGACUCAGGGGUCUCGUUAGGGAGGACAUCUCUCGGAUUGGCCGAAUGACUCUGUCUGCCCUAAUUGUUAUUGAAGUACAUGCCAGAGACGUUGUGGAUAAGAUGGUACAGGAAAAUGUCAAUGAUCCAAAUGCGUUUGAAUGGAUCAGUCAGCUGAGAUACUACUGGCUGCCUGAUGAAAACCUGUACCAGAAAGCUGUCAAUGCUCAGUUUCCUUACGGCUAUGAGUACUUGGGGAACACUCCUCGUUUGGUCAUCACGCCUCUCACUGACAGGUGUUACUUGACCCUCACCGGAGCUCUGCACCUGCUGUUUGGGGGGGCCCCAGCUGGACCGGCCGGCACUGGCAAGACAGAGACCACAAAGGAUCUUGGAAAAGCCUUUGCGAUACAGUGUGUUGUGUUCAAUUGUUCAGACCAGUUAGACUUCAUGGCCAUGGGAAAGUUUUUCAAAGGCCUUGCAAGUGCUGGUGCAUGGGCCUGUUUUGACGAGUUCAACAGAAUUGAUAUUGAAGUGCUUUCUGUAGUAGCUCAGCAAAUUGCCACUAUACAGUCAGCUCAGAAACUGAAGAUGGACACAUUUAUAUUUGAAGGCGUUGAACUGGUGUUGAAAGCAUCCUGUGCUGUCUUCAUCACCAUGAACCCUGGGUAUGCGGGGAGAACAGAACUGCCUGAUAAUUUGAAGGCCCUGUUCCGCCCAGUAGCGAUGAUGGUGCCAGACUAUGCCCUGAUUGCUGAGAUCAGCCUUUUUUCCUUCGGCUUCUCAGGAGCUCGAGUGCUGGCCAGGAAGAUUGUUUCCACCUUCAAACUCUCAUCAGAACAGCUCAGUUCUCAAGAUCAUUACGACUUUGGUAUGAGGGCUGUGAAAAGUGUCAUCUCUGCUGCUGGUAAUCUAAAGAGAACAAAUCCUGAUAUGGAUGAGCAACUGAUCUGCCUGAGGGCCAUACAGGAUGUCAAUGUCCCCAAAUUUCUGAUUGACGACCUCAAACUGUUCAAUGGAAUUGUAUCUGACCUGUUCCCUAAUGUCAAGGAGGAGCCCAUAGACUACGGCAUCCUCAACACAUCACUCAGAGACAACUGUACAAAUGCAGGACUCAAGGAUGUAGAUGAAUUUAUCCACAAGUGUAUCCAGCUGUAUGAGACUACAGUGGUGCGACAUGGGCUCAUGUUGGUAGGGCCUGCAGGCACGGGGAAGACCAAGUGUUACAAUAUGCUGAAGGCAGCUCAGACUGAGCUGAAAGGACAACCCACCCCAUCCUUGUCCUUCUUUGAAACAACUCAUGCCUACGUCCUGAACCCCAAGUCUAUCACCAUGGGCCAGCUAUAUGGUGAAUUUGACCUCUCUACUCAUGAAUGGACCGAUGGUAUUCUCUCCACUCUGAUUCGAGUGGGCACGACAGCCAACAAUGAAGACAAGAGGUGGUAUGUGUUUGAUGGGCCAGUGGAUGCUGUGUGGAUUGAAAACAUGAAUACUGUGCUGGACGACAACAAGAAACUUUGUCUCAGCAGUGGAGAGAUCAUCAAACUCACUGACAGUAUGACAAUGAUGUUUGAAGUAGCAGACUUGUCUGUGGCAUCCCCCGCUACUGUGAGUCGAUGCGGGAUGGUGUAUUUGGGCACUUCUGUUAUCGGAAUUGAGCCUUUUGUGGAAUGUUGGCUACGGACGAUUCCAGAGAUAUUCUUUGACUUCAUGGACAAGAUGCAAGAGAUGUUUGACACUUUUCUAGAGCCGUGUUUACAGUUUGUGAGAUCGUCAUUGACAGAGAUAGUGACCACAAUGGACAGUGGAUUGGUCUUCAGCCUCUUCAGGCUACUUGACUGUUUUAUAAAUAAAUUCAGACUGAAACCAAACCAAAAACUGUCUGAUAUAAUCAGCGAUGAUGGUCAAGAGAGGCUUGGUGAGCUGAUAGAACCUUGGUUCAUCUUCUCUCUGGUCUGGUCUAUGGGUGGCACCUGUGAUGGUAAUGGCCGCCUAAAGUUCUCAAAGUGGCUCAGACAGAAGAUGGAUGAGGCUAAUUGUCAAGUCAAAUUCCCUGAGGAGGGCCUUGUGUAUGAUUAUUGCUUGGAUGACAGUGCAAUUAUAAUAACAGAAACUGAAAAUGAGGAAGAAGAAGAUGAAGAAGGAAAGCCUCUCAAGUGGGUCAACUGGAUGACAGAUUGGGCACAGUUUGAAGUGACAUCGGAAAUGAAGUAUUCUGACAUUAUGGUACCCACUAUAGACACAAUCCGCUCAUCCUAUAUCCUGAAUCUUUUCAUCAUCAACCAGCAAAAGCUGCUGACAGUUGGACCCACUGGAACAGGCAAGACGCUGACCAUCGUUGACAAGCUGACCAGGGGAAUGGAUCUGGAGUUUCUGCCCGAAUUCAUCAAUUUUUCAGCUAAAACCUCUGCGAAUCAAACACAAGACCUAAUUGAUGGCAAACUGGAUAAGAGGCGGAAAGGCAUUUAUGGGCCCCCAGUGGGGAGAUAUUCAGUCUUCUUCAUCGAUGAUCUCAAUAUGCCUGCCCUAGAGACAUACGGAGCCCAGCCUCCAAUUGAGCUGAUCAGACAGUACAUGGACUUCUCUGGAUGGUAUGACCGCAAGUCCAUUGGCGACUUCAGAUUACUGGUAGAUGUGAACUUCUUCUGUGCCAUGGGUCCAACUGGAGGUGGUCGCAACCCAGUGACUGCAAGGCUUUUGAGGCACUUCAACUUCCUUGCAUUUACAGAGAUGGAAGAUGCUAGCAUGUUCAAAAUUUUUAAGACAAUCUUGGAAUUUUGGAUAAGCAAUUGUCCAUCCAUUGCCUCCUCCUGUGACCAGCUUGUGUGGACCACUAUCUCUAUGUACAACAUUGUACAGACUCAGAUGCUGCCUACGCCAGCCAAGUCCCACUAUACUUUCAACAUGAGAGACCUCUCAAAAGUGUUUCAGGGCAUUCUCAUGGGUGAUCAUGCAGAAAACAAGAAAGUGGAAGAUAUCCUAAGGCUGUGGUACCACGAGAGCUGCCGAGUGUUCCAGGACCGUCUGAUCAAUGAUGAGGACAGGCAGCUCUUUGAGAAUGUGCUCAGGCAGAAAAUGAAAGAGGACUUCCAUGUAGAUUUUGAGAGUGUUGUUACCAUUCAACCACUGAUCUAUGGAGACUUUCUCAAUGCUGAUAUAGAUCCAAGACCAUAUUUGCUAGUGGAUGAUCUUCAUGCAGCCCAGAGGUGCUUAGAGGACUUUUUGGCAGACUUCAACCAAGGCUCUAUCAAGAAAAUGGAGCUCGUCCUCUUCAUGGAUGCCAUCUCUCACAUGUCUCGCAUCACGAGAAUUCUGAGACAGCCUCUGGGCAACGCCUUGUUGCUUGGCAUGGGUGGCAGUGGCAGGCAGAGUUUAACACGCCUCUCUGCUUUCAUUUCUGAGUAUGACUGUUUCCAAAUUGAACUUACCAAGAACUACGGAAGUCACGAAUGGCAGGAUGACCUGAAGAAAGUCAUGAUGAAGGCAGGAAUCAGAGAUGAGCCUGUUGUCUUCCUGUUCAGUGACACACAGAUCAAGAGUGAAUCCUUUCUUGAGGAUGUCAACAACAUUUUGAAUACUGGAGAUGUACCAAACAUUUAUUCUUUUGAGGACUCUGAGAAUAUUUAUAAAGAAAUGAAACCAAUUGUUAUGGACAUGGGUCUGUCACCCACCAAGACCAUCAUGUUUUCAGCGUACACUAAGAGAGUGAGAAGUAAUCUCCAUACUGUCAUCACCAUGAGUCCAUUAGGGGAGAUAUUCCGAGCCAGACUCCGUCAGUUUCCAGCCCUGGUCAACUGCUGCACUAUUGACUGGUUCAGCCAGUGGCCUACGGAGGCACUGCGGUCUGUGGCACUCAGGUUCUUACAUGAUAUUGGUGACCUGGAUUGUAGCAAUGCUGUUAUGGAUGGAUUGGUUUCAAUGUGUCAAGAAAUACACGAGUCAGUGACCCACAACUCCCAGCGCUACCUGGACGAGAUGUCAAGACACAACUACGUGACCCCUACCUCCUACUUGGAGCUGCUGGGCAUUUAUUCCCAACUGGUCAGUCGCAAGAAGACUGAGCUGAGUGUGGCUAGCUCCAGGCUCAAAACAGGGCUAGACAAGAUAUUGUCCACCACUGUCGAAGUGGCUCGGCUGCAGCUGGAGUUGGCUGAAAUGCGGCCAGAGCUGGACAUUGCGGUCAAAGAAGCAACUAUCACUAUGGAGAAGAUUGCCGAAGACACUGCAGUAGCCGAAGCCACAAAGGCUGUAGUCAAGAAGGAAGAAGUGUCAGCCACAGCAAAAGCCAUGGAAACUGAGGCCAUUGCUGCAGAUGCGCAGAAAGAUCUAGAUGAGGCUCUGCCUGCUCUGGAUGCAGCUUUGGCAAGCCUGAAGUCUCUGAAUAAGAAUGAUGUGACUGAGGUGAGGGCCUUGCAACGACCGCCCCCUGGUGUCAAAUUGGUUAUGGAGGCAGUCUGCAUCAUGAAGGCCAUCAAGCCCAAGAAAGUAGCUGGAGAGAAGCCUGGUCAAAAAGUGGAUGAUUACUGGGAGGUUGGCAAGGCACAACUGCAGGAUCCACAGAAGUUCUUGGACAGUUUGUUCCAAUAUGAUAAGGAUAACAUUCCAAACGACGUUAUCAAGAAAAUUGAACCGUAUAUUAAUAACCCAAGUUUUACUCCUGAAGCGAUUGCAAAGGUUUCGAAAGCUUGCACAUCAAUCUGCCAAUGGACAGGGGCUAUGUAUAAAUAUCAUUUUGUUGCUUUGGGUGUGGCGCCAAAACGAGCAAAACUGAAACAAGCCAAAGAGGAGUUAGAAGAGACAGAGAGAAUUCUAGGUGAAGCCAAAGCAAGGCUGCACCAUGUGGAGGCAGGUGUUGCAGCGUUGCAGAAAAACUAUGAAGAGUCUAUGUCUAAAAAACAGAACCUUGAAGACAAAUGUAGGCUGUGUGAAGAGAGGCUGGAAAGAGCUGAUAAGCUGAUUAACAGCUUAGCAGAUGAGAAAGACCGAUGGGCAGAAUCAAUCAAGACAUUUGAAGUGCUCAUCAAGUUUAUACCAGGAGAUGUUCUUAUCUCUGCUGGAUCUGUGGCCUAUCUUGGACCAUUCACGAGUGACUACCGUGGCCGCAUGGUGAAGGACUGGACUAAAUCUCUCAAGAAGCACGAGGUCCCAUGCUGCCCUGAGCCCUCAUUGAUCGGCACUAUGAGUGACCCUGUGAAGAUUCGCAGCUGGCAGAUCUUUGGCCUGCCCGGGGACAGCUACUCGGUUGAGAAUGGCGUCAUCGUGAACCUGUCCCGGAGGUGGCCCCUGUUCAUCGACCCUCAGGGCCAGGCCAACAAGUGGAUCAAGAACAUGGAGGAAAAAAAUGAGCUUGAUAUCGUGAAACAGUCCAGCAAAGAUUUCAUCCGGACACUAGAGAAUGCUAUCCGCUUUGGAAAACCGUGUCUGAUGGAGAAUGUGGGCUCAGAUCUAGAUCCAUCUUUAGAGCCAAUCUUACUGAGACAGAUCUUCAAGCAGCAAGGCAACUGGGUCAUCAAGAUUGGUGAUAACAUGAUACCAUAUCACAAAGACUUCAAAUUCUACCUGACUUCCAAGCUGCCAAACCCUCACUAUACUCCUGAGGUGUCCACUAAAGUCACUUUAAUCAACUUCACUCUCUCCCCAAGUGGACUACAGGAUCAGCUGCUGGGGAUCGUGGUUGCGGAGGAGAGACCUGACCUGGAAGACUCCAAGAACCAGCUGAUCAUCAGCAAUGCCCAGAUGAAGCAGGAGCUGAAGGAGAUUGAGGACAAAAUUCUGUACCUUCUGAGUGUCUCAGAGGGCAGUCCAGUGGACGACCUUGAGCUCAUUGACACUCUUGAUGCCUCAAAAACUACAUCGCAGGAAAUACAGGCCAAAGUGAGAGCAGCAGAAGUGACUGAGAAGUCCAUCGAUGAGACUCGCAGUCAGUACAUCCCUGUGGCUCUCAACUCGCAGAUUCUUUUCUUCUGCAUGGCAGAUAUGGCCAAAAUAGACCCCAUGUACCAGUACUCUCUUGAGUGGUUCAUCAAGAUUUUCCUCUUGUCCAUUUCUCAGGCGGAAAGAGCAGAAAGUUUGCCAGAGAGAGUUGACAACAUCAAUGUUUGUUUUACGUACAGCCUGUUUGUGAACGUAUGUCGGAGUCUGUUUGAGAAGCACAAGCUGCUUUUCGGUCUGCUUAUGUGUGUACGCAUUGAAAUGCAGAAAGGAUUGCUAAACAUGGAAGAGUGGCACUGGCUGAUAGCAGGGGGUGCAGAUAUCCCGUAUACUGUUCAAAAUCCUGCUUCAUCAUGGCUGUCUGAGAGAGCGUGGAAUGAUAUUCUCACCCUGCCAGCGCUGCCAAAGUUUGCUGACUUUGCCAAAGACUUCAAGAAUCACCUUAAAAGCUACAAAGACUUCUUUGACAGUAUUGAUCCACAGGACAUGCCCUUGCCUGGCAAAUGGGGAGAGGAGCUGGAUGACUUCCAAGCCAUCCUGGUGUUGAAGGCUCUGCGUCCUGACAAAGUUACCAACGCCAUGCAAAAGUUUGUGGCCAGCAAAAUGGGGCAGAAGUUCAUCGAGCCUCAGACGAGUGAUCUGGCCAUGGUGUUCAAAGAUUCCAAUGUGUCAUCGCCACUGGUCUUUGUCCUGUCUACGGGCACAGAUCCUGCCAAGUCCCUCAAUGAGUUUGCAGAGACUAUGAAAUUUUCCAAGAGAUUGCAUUCAAUAUCUCUUGGCCAAGGCCAGGGUCCACGUGCGGAGUUUCUGAUGAAAGCGGCCAUGGAAAGUGGAGGCUGGGUCUUCUUCCAGAACUGUCACCUGGCACCCAGCUGGAUGCCCACGCUGGAGCGGCUGGUGGAGCAGAUCAACCCAGACAUGGUGAGCAAAGAUUUCCGCCUGUGGCUGACCAGCAUGCCCAGUGCCUCUUUCCCUGUGUUCAUCCUACAGAACAGCUCCAAGAUGACUGUGGAGCCUCCCAAGGGCAUAAAGGCCAACUUGCUGAGGUCCUAUAUGGGUUUCAGUGACAAGUUUUUCAAGCAAUGUCCUGGAAAGGUGAAGAUCUUCAAGCAUCUGCUCCUCUCCAUUUGUCUGUUCCAUGGCGUGGUGCUGGAACGCCGUAAAUUUGGAGCUCUGGGAUUCAAUAUACCGUAUGAGUUCACAGAUGGUGAUCUACGAAUCUGUAUUGAUCAGCUUAGUAUGUUCUUGCAGGAGUAUAAUGACAUUCCUUUCAAGGUGCUGAUCUACACAGCUGGGCAUAUCAAUUAUGGAGGCCGUGUAACUGAUGACUGGGAUCGCAGGUGUCUCAUGAACAUUCUGACAGACUUUUACUGUAUGGAGGCAGUUAGUACCUCAUUCACAUACUCCCCGUCAGGAAUCUAUAGACAGCUGUCGUCAGAUUCUGACUUACAGACUCACCUCGAUUACAUCCGAGGCUUGCCGAUUAACGACACACCGGAGAUCUUUGGCUUGCAUGACAAUGCAAACAUCACGUUUGCACAGAAUGAGACAGCCCUCAUGUUGGGCUGUCUAGUAGCACUCCAACCAAAGACAGCGUCUGGGGGUGGACUCUCCCGAGAAGAGGUGAUAGAGCAUGCUUCCAAAAAUAUUUUAGAGAAAGUUCCAAAUACUGUGGGCCUGGAUGUAGUGAUGAAAAAAUAUCCAGUGCUGUACGAGCAGUCGAUGAACACUGUUUUGGCACAGGAGGUCAUCAGAUACAACCGCCUUCUGGUUGUGAUGAAGCGAUCGCUGAAAGAUUUACUGAAGGCGCUGAAAGGUCUUGUGGUCAUGUCCCAGACCCUUGAGGAAAUGUCCAACAGUCUAUUUAUCAAUGCUGUGCCAGGCAUGUGGGCAGCAAAGGCUUACCCCUCACUAAAACCUUUAGCAGCAUGGAUCACAGACUUGAUUGAGAGAAUGAAUUUUAUCACCAAAUGGGUGGAUCAUGGAAUCCCAGAUAUCUUUUGGAUUUCCGGAUUUUUCUUCCCACAAGCAUUUUUGACAGGCACACUGCAGAAUUUUGCCCGAAAGAAUGUCAUCUCUAUUGACACCAUAGGGUUUGAAUUUAAAGUGAUGAAAGACAAGGAGGUGAAAAAGGCCCCGAAGAAAGGUUGCUUCAUCAAUGGCCUGUUCCUGGAAGGAGCCGGCUGGCUGCAGAACGAGUGGAUGCUGGGAGAGUCCUUGCCCAAGAAACUUUACUCGCCCAUGCCCACUAUUUGGCUGAUACCCAGGGCAGGCCGGGUCAAACCUGAUACAGGCAUUUACGAGUGUCCUGUCUACAAGACUUUGACCAGAGCAGGUACUCUGUCAACAACUGGACAUUCAACAAAUUUUGUGUUUACCGUCGAAAUCCCAUCAGAUAAACCUCAGAAGCACUGGAUCAAGCAGGGUGUGGCUUUGAUGUGUGCUCUCAACUUUUAAGGAGUUUGAUAUCACAGAUUUGAUUAUAUUUUCAUCAUGUGUGCAUCUGUUCAGUAUACUUGGUUUCAAUAUAGUCGAUGACUUUUGUUCUUUUUUAUGAUUUUCUUUUUCAGCUUUACUUUGGUAGAAGUUACUUUUUUUAAAAUUAUGCAAAAAAUGAUUUUUUGUCCUCUCAUUUAUUUGUCAUUUUAGGAGUAAGGAUAUAUGCAUAUUCACAUAAAUUAUAUAUCUUAGUCUUUUACCGAUAUCUGUACCUCUUCCAUGAACUUGGCUCAGGAUGUGUGCAAUAAAUAUUAAUUUGUCGAUAACCUCAUUGUUGGCUAUCACAAUGAGUGAAACAUGCUGACAAAAUGAGUUACUUCUCGUAAUCCACAAAUGGAGAUAUUGGCCAAAAAUCGACAUUAGGGUCAAGU